AUGGGCAGGCGUCCGGCCAGAUGCUACCGCUAUUGUAAAAACAAACCGUAUCCCAAAUCUCGGUUCUGUCGUGGUGUUCCUGAUCCCAAAAUUAGGAUCUUUGAUCUCGGCAAGAAAAAGUUCGGGGUGGAUGAGUUUCCGCUAUGCGUACACUUGCUUUCCGAUGAAUAUGAACAACUCUCAAGCGAGGCUUUGGAGGCUGCUCGUAUUUGCGCUAACAAGUAUCUCGUGAAGUACUGUGGCAAGGAUGCAUUCCAUCUUCGUAUGCGUGUACAUCCUUACCAUGUUGUGCGUAUCAAUAAGAUGCUGUCUUGUGCUGGUGCUGAUAGAUUGCAAACUGGUAUGCGCGGUGCCUAUGGUAAACCUCUUGGCACUGUUGCUCGGGUCAACAUCGGCCAAGUCAUAAUGUCUGUUCGUGGAAAGGAUAUGCAUAAGUCUCAGUUUAUUGAGGCUUUCCGACGUGCUAAGAUGAAGUUCCCUGGUCGUCAAAAGAUUGCUGUUUCCCAAAACUGGGGUUUCACUAAGUGGAAGCGCGAAACCUUUCAGGAGAUGCGGAGUUCUGGCCGCCUGCAGUACGAUGGUUCUAACGUUAAGUAUUUUCCUAACCAUGGUCCCCUAACGCUCUGGAAAAAGACGCAAUCUGCCCUUUUGGGUCUUGAGUAA